CGGAGAGUGCUGACAGAGGAGACGCGCUGCCCGGCCCGGCCCUGAGCUGCCCUGCCCUGCCCUGCCCGGCGAGCGCUGCGAGGGAGCCCGGCGCGCGGAGCGGAGCCAUGGCGGCCGGUGGUCAUGAACCAUAUGUAGAAAUAAUUGAACAACCCAGGCAAAGGGGCAUGCGUUUUCGUUAUAAAUGUGAAGGACGGUCAGCAGGGAGCAUUCCAGGAGAACACAGUACAGACAAUAAUCGAACAUACCCAUCUAUACAGAUAAUGAAUUGCUAUGGGAAAGGAAAAGGAAAAGUGAGAAUAACUCUGGUAACAAAAAAUGAGCCAUACAAACCACAUCCCCAUGAUCUAGUUGGAAAAGACUGUAGAGAUGGCUACUACGAAGCCGAGUUUGGUCAGGAACGCAGAGCUCUGAUUUUUCAGAAUUUGGGGAUUCGAUGUGUAAAGAAAAAAGAAGUUAAAGAAGCUAUUAUUUCACGAAUUUCAGCAGAAAUUAACCCUUUCAACGUUCCAGAACAACAGCUACUCAACAUUGAAGACUGUGAUCUCAAUGUGGUAAGACUCUGUUUUCAAGUUUUCCUUCUUGAUGAACAUGGCAAUUUAACAUCAGCUCUUCCUCCUGUUGUGUCCAACCCAAUUUAUGAUAAUCGAGCUCCUAAUACUGCAGAAUUAAGGAUUUGUCGUGUAAAUAAGAAUUGUGGAAGUGUCAGAGGAGGGGAUGAGAUAUUCCUACUCUGUGACAAAGUUCAGAAAGAUGAUAUAGAAGUUCGAUUUGUGUUGAAUGAUUGGGAAGCUAAAGGGAGCUUUUCACAGGCAGAUGUACAUCGCCAAGUAGCCAUUGUAUUCAGAACUCCACCAUUUUACAAAGCCAUAACAGAGCCGGUAACAGUAAAAAUGCAGCUCCGAAGACCUUCAGACCAGGAAGUGAGUGAAUCCAUGGACUUUCGAUAUCUGCCAGAUGAAAAAGAUCCAUAUGGAAAUAAAUCAAAGAAACAAAAAACAACUUUAGAUUUCCAGAAGCUGUUGCGAAAUUGUGUUACUUUUCCAGAAAGACCGAAAGCUGUCCCUCCCCGAACAACUGGAGAAGGAAGAAUCAUCAAAAAAGAAAUGCAAAGAACUCCAGGAACUAUGCAUCAAGUCCCACCUUACUUUUCUUCACCACUUGUGUCAAGUUCAAAUGCAAUGUCACAUCCGACUUCAACUUUACCUUCAAUGGUACCUUAUCCUUCUUCAAGCUGGCCAUCAGGAACUCUUCCUACAUCAGUAAACUCAAUUAAUACACAUUCAUCAAAUGGCUUUUCAACAGGGGCCCUUCCCUCUGGUUCACAAAAUAGCCGGUCAUACCUGGAAAUAGCUGUUCCAGGUAGCCUAGAUACUUCUGAUCCUUGUCUUUUUAACAAUGGUACAAAUGGAAUUGGAACUCAGUCCCUGUCACAGGCUGACCUUUUUAGUGUUAAUACCAGCAUGUUGCAGAAUCGUCCUAUGAAUAUUCCAAUAUCUGGCAACGACAGCAUGAUGGAGACUGAUGUGCACUAUGGGAGCAUGAACCUUGAAAGUUCAUCAUAUAACUCAGGGUUAAACCCAAGAGACUACAGGAGGCCACUCCAUCCACCGUCUUCUACCAGGGUAUCCACAGCAGGCCCCAGCGCCAGUCCUACUCUCUUUGUUUCACAGUCAGAUGUAUUUGAGCCAGUAGAUUUCAGUUGUCUAGAGAACAGUACAGUAAGUGAAUCAAAAUCAUCAGGCAAUCCUAAUUCAAACAACCCAAGUUUUUUGCCUAACAGUCAGUGUUAUGUUAAUGAUAAUAUGCAAAGUGAAGAUCAUUUUAAUUCCUUUGAAGCCACUUUAGACUUGUUUAAUGCAGAACUUGUCUAAUUAAAAUGGAGUUUGUAUCCUUUAUUCAUAUUUGUAGUCAGUUUAAGAUUCUGUUUUGAAUCUUAAGAAACAUUGUUUUGUACUCAUCUUAUGCACUGGAGCCUUGCUAUAAGUCUCCUAUAGUGUGAAUUUGGUGUCUUUGGUGGCUCCUGUCCAGAGGAGGUUGCCAUGGAAGUGCCCAAAGUAUUCCUUACAACAAAGUUUCACCUUUGGCAUUGGUUUUACUGAAGGAACUACUUGAAGAGGGUGCUUAUAUCCAGGCUCCAGUACACAAGCAAAUAAGCCUCACAAACUAUAUUUUAGAAACAUUUUACUGUAAUGACUUUAUACAUACCUAUGCUUUUUAAUGAAUGGAUUCAGAUUUGCUUUCAAGCAAAUUUUACAUAGAUACUGUAAUGACCAUGUCAUUGAAAAAAACAUUUUCAGCAUUAUUAUAGGCAGUAGGUGACCCCUAAGGGGUCUCCUAUGGCUUUUUGGUAUAAUGUGUAGAAUUCCUGGUUGUUAAUAAAGCCUGGACCCGAAAGAAAAAUAGAUAGAGCAUUGGGAUCACCUGGAAUAGGUAGCAAGUUCCCAAGAAAUUACACUUGUUUCAUGCCUGGCUCUUCAUUGGAUAAAGCUGUGUCUUUGUAAUUGUUGAGUGUCUCUGUAACAGCUCUCUGCUCCUUCAAAGAAGCUGAAUUAGAUUUGCUAUUAGGGUAGAGGCAUUUAUCCAUCGCUUCUCUCACCUUUGGGAAUGAUUUGGAGACCUUCCCUAUCAUCUUAUUUUUCCCCACAUCCUUUUUCUCCCCAUUUUUCAUUUGAUUAAGUUAAUGAUUGUUAUAUAAUUAAAAGUGAAAUAACUUCAUCUCACCCAAAGUGAGUCUUAAAUCAGAAGUUGACACUGACUGACCAGAAGAAUGUAAGCUCCUUGAGCACAAAGAAUAGUUUUGGCAUUGUAUCCUCAGGACAUAGCACAAUGUCUAGGUGAUGAUAACAAUAGGCGCUUAAUAAAUGUUUGCCAAGCCCAGAACCAAAUCCACUGUCCCAUAGAAAAAGACCCCAGUUUUUGUUUUGCUCUUCUAAUAUGGCAGAUUUUGCUGUUGUAAUUUGGGAGCUGUUUUUUGUAUUUGGAGUAUGAAACCUUUAUCUCAUUGUCAGUGACAUCCAUGGUAGGCCGAGAUGCACCCUGGAAUUUUAUAGUAUCCAAUUUUAAGUUUUUGCUUUUUGGAAACUUCCCAAAUUGGCAUUUUAGUUGGUGGAGGACACAAAUACACUUUAAACAGUGUAAUUGCUAACAAAACCACUUAAAGGAGGCUGAUGUGAAAGACCAAAUCACGUGAAUGUAUAGUUAAAAUAUCAUCUGUAGCACUGGCUAGAGUAUUUGCAGUUAUUUUUCUAAAAUGUCGUAAUGGUUUUAUCACAUUUCCUUUAUUUAAUUGAUGAUUUGGACAGUUCCCCAGAAACUUCUGUAGCAAGUAGUCUCAGUAAUACAUUUUGUGAAUAUAUAUAUAUUCACAUGUACAUAUAUGUGUGUAUACAUAUAUAUGAAUAGUGCAAUAGAGUAGAUAGGCCAAAAUGGUGAUUAUUUUUUCAAGACUUGAUUUCUUAACAAUUUAAGAAAUGCUGGCAUAUAGAACAACAUGUAAGCUCAAUUAGUAUUUAUUGAGCUGUCUUGUCCUGUUUUUUCUUUUGAUAGUUCCCAACUAUAAUGUUCCAUUAGGGAUCUCAUAAUCUACAUAGGGCCAGUUUAUAGACUAAGCAACAGGGGCAGCUAUGUGGUGCGGUGAGUGGAGCACCGCCCUGGAGUCAGGAGGACCUGAGUUCAAAUCCAGCCUCAGACACUUGACACACUUACUAGCUGUGUGACCUUGGGCAAGUCAUUUAACCCCAAUUGCCCUGCCUUCCCCCCUCCAAAACAAAUAAGUAUAGACUAAGCAACUUAGAAGAGCACCAGAUUCCUACCAGGUCACAUCAAGUACUUUGCAGUUGUCCUAUUAAUAAAUCCCAGCCCAGUUAUCCUAUGAGAGCUUCUUCCAGUACAAAAGUAUGUCCUGGCUCUAAUGCCAGGGUGAUCAACCAGCCUACAUUUAUGUAAGGCUUCCUUGAAUGUAAGGCUCAAAAGGCAAGAGGAAGGUAGAACUAUUGGCCCACUCUUUACUGGUGUUGCAGGGGCCACGGCUUAAUAAAUCAUUUGGUUGAAGGAGAUAAUUUGUUCUCCUUGGUUGAGAGGAAUCUGAUGCUCUACUACCACCCUCUUGUCCCGUGAAGGGUUCAUCUCUACCAUUGCAGGAUGUGCUGAUCUCCCUAGAGAGCUUCCACGUAUUCAGCUUCCCCAAAGGGUCCGUAGACAAGGUCGAAGGAAGAGCUUGGAGGCUCGUUCUCCCUUCAGCCUCAGGUUGUUCAGACUAUUAUGCAUGAAUUACCUUCAAGAGCUGCAGGACAUGUUCUUUCCUUAGUCCCCAGUUCUCAUGACCACUGUACUCUGCCCUAUGUGGUCCCUAAUUAGAUUAUUAUUCCAGUUCCACCAGCAUUCUUAGGCUUCCCUUAUGUACUUACUUGGGCUUAAGGUGGGAAUGCAAUCCCAUAUACUUCAAGGGCAACAAAUCCACCAACGAUUCAAAAGUAUUUUCUUACCAACUGAAUUUAUUCCUUGUUCCUUUAUGUAAUUUGAAAAUUUAACUGGCUUAACAGCUUCAAGUGCCUCCUCAUUGAACCCUAAAUUGCCUUGUAUUUAUGCUUAUAUGUGAACAUGUUGUUUCUCGAUUAGAAUGUAAGCUCCCGGAGGGCAUGACUGACUCAUUUUUGUCUUUAUAUCUGUUGCACGUAGCAGAGUGCCUGAUACAGGCACUUAAUAAAUGCUUUUUGA